CUUAUCGUUACUCUCGGGAUUACUAUACUGUUUUAAUUUUCAGUGGUGAAAACAUGAUCGAUUUCAGUGUGAGAGUUGAAUGAUGCUACGCAUAUGUUUAUUUAUUCUGAUAGCUAUGUUUCUAAAUAAGUUACUGGAAUACAACGGUUCUGCGUCUAUUCCUUUUACCAAUGAAAAAGCUAAAGUCAACUCACUACACUAUUUCGAUUUUUCUGGAUGCUACUUUGUAUGCUGCGAUCACAAAUUUCAUAAUAAAUCUGAAAUUUUGGAUGAAAAAAUGAUAAUCUCCCGUCAAACUACUAAUAAUCUAGCAGAACUGACUGAAGUUUGGAGUUUUAUUGAACAUUUCUGCAAGCAUAUCAAUGUAUCUAAAAUGUUUAUGAAUUCUUCAAUAUACUCAAAUGUACAACGUCAUCUAACUUCAGAAGUUGAAAAACCUGAAUUUAUGAAUUAUGAAAACAACAGAUACUUUUGUUUGUAUUGUGUCAGGAACUACAUGUUAAAAGCAUCCAUAAAAUCUGACAAAAACACUGAACAGUAUUUAAAUUUAUUUCUUUUUCGGAAGUUUUCACUACGUUCACCACGUUCGAUAAUUAAAACCACAGACAAAAUUUCUUUAUUCAAUAAAACUAGAAAUAUGAUACCUACAUUUACGCUUCCAGCAGUAAACAGUGUACCUGUUAGAGCAGUAUCUAUACAUUCAUCUAAUUUAAUACCAUCAUUAAGUAGUAAUAUUAUGAACGAGUUCAACCAAGUAACAUUUCUACAUUACCAGUUUAAUGUUGUACAAAUUAAAUACGGAAUUAUACAAAUUAAAGUAAAUGAUGAUCAAGCUACAUGGAAACAAACAACUACAUUUACUGGAUUACAAGUAAUUGAACAAAAGGUUCGUUAUAUUAGCCUUGUAGCUCAACCAGAAAAUAUUCAAACGGCGUUUAGUGAUCGCAUACAUAUAACCUGUUUUAGAAAUUUGGAAAAAUCUAACAUUAUGAGGUUAGUUUUGCCAGUGAACUUUAUCCGAAUCCAUUUAAGUAUCACCGUAAACAGACCUCUUUUAAUUUAUGUAAGUACCGUCAAUGAUAAAAUACACCCACAUCUUAUUGGCAUGGAAGGCCGUACAGCUCGACUGGACUCAAGAUAUUUAGAAGUCAGAGCGGAACCAUGGGAGAAGGAUUCACUAAUAUGGUUUACUGUAACAAAAAUUCCGAUGCAUGGACACUUAUUUCUAGUUAAUCGAAGCAGUCAACAGACAAAUACAAAUAAGGAGUUGGAUGAUAAAAUUUACCUGGGUGUUAGUUCACAAUUUACACAAGAAGAUUUAAGAGCAGGAAAUCUAUUUUAUACCUUUCGCCGCGUACUAGAUGAUAGUUCGGAGAGGACUUCAGAUGUAAGUUCUGGACGUUUUAGUUUAAUGGAUGAAUUCAAAUAUCGUGUUAAUGUAGAAGGAGCUCAACCUAAGACAAUAUACAAUUUUCGAAUAGUUAUCAAGAAAAUAUCCAGCACUACUCCAAUCUCUACUAUUAAAUUUAGUCCUACAAUUAUAAACAGAGGUGGAAUUGUAGAGGAAGGUGGAGAUCUGAUUCUAACACCUGAAUUGUUUUAUGCUAAACAUUCACAAUGUCAAAACAAUUCUGUACAAAAGUCAUCUAAUGAGCUAUUUCAAGAAUAUGAUCUAUAUUUUCAAAUUCUCUCAUUACCCGAACAUGGUACACUUUUAAUAAAAUCACCGUAUAAUUCAACUUUAACCAAUUUAAUUAAUUUGACAGAAUAUAACCACAAAUUAAUUAAUUAUAAUUUGUUAUUAUAUCGUCAUAAUGAUGAAGAAGAAUUUAAGGAUAGUUUUCAAUUUCAGUUUUUUUGUCGUCAAACACCUAUUAGCAAUUCAUAUGAUGAUGAUAAUGACGAUUUAACCGUACAUUUAACAGGAUUAACACAUACUUCAGUAGAUGAACUAUUUGGUCAACCAGUUACUUCUAUUUUUCGGAUUCGUAUUAUUCCAGUGAAUGAUAAUCCUCCGAAUCUGCAUAUAACUCCUCUAUUUGUUGAAUUUAACAAAACAAAUAACACACUAAGUAAAUCAUUUAAAAUAAUAGAUAAAGAUAAGAAUUUGCAGAACGAUUAUUUUGAUAAUAUUAACGAUGAUGAUAAUAAUAAUAAUGAUGAAUUGAUUUAUAAAAGGGGUGAUUUUUGGAUUCAUUGGGAAGAAAACAAAAACUUCCACAGAAAAGAUAUUAUAUAUCCAAGUUUGGGAUAUUUCAUUCAAAAUCUUGAUAUGACUGUCAGUCGUCGUUUCAAAUAUUCUGAAUUAACUAAUGGUCUUAUUAACUUUAAACAUAUGGGACUUCCUACCGGCCAAAUGAAUCUUAAAGUAAUGGAUGGAAAGUUUACUGUUACUAAGCAACUAACAAUCAAUGCAACCAAACCUACUUUUCUUGUAUUGCAGCCAAGUCGUGUAACAUUAAGAUCAAACGGGAGAGUUUUCAUUCCUAUCGAGGUAAUUACGAAUGUUCAUCUUGAUCCAAACCAUAUUCAAAUUAAUGUAAUUCGCUCUGGAUGCUUUGGAGACUUGGUGUUAUUUGGUCUAACUGAUCAGUCAACAAACUGGACAUAUAAUGAUUUAUUACAGUUUCCACUUUAUUAUAAAUACAUCAGAUCAUGGAGCCAGUCUAAAUAUCAAAAUAUAACAUCAUUCAAGAAUGCUGCACACAGUCUUUACUGUAAAUUACUGUAUUCAAGUAAUAAAAACGAUAAGAAAGAUGAUUCCGUUACAUUACGAUCGGACGAAGUAUAUCUAUUUGUCAGUACUACAUUCUCUGGCCAUAUAUUACAGCAAGAAGUCAGGUUAUCUAUUUUAUUGAAUGGACUUAAAUUAUGGAAUGAUGCGAAUAAUAAUGAAGCAAAUAAUGUUAAAUUUACUAGUGACGAAUUAACUGUUGAAACCGGCAAGAGUGUAGUCGUGCAACCAAAUGUUUUCUCAAACAAUAAUAAUACACGAAUUUUUUCACAAAUACCAAUUAUUGUAAAUCAGGGGCCUCGUUACGGUAUACUUCAUCUGUGCACCACAAAUUUUAAAAUAUCACCUAUUAAAUAUUUUACACUGGCUGAUCUGUUUUCUGGAAGAAUAUUAUACGAGUCAUUGACAAAUCGAUUGAACACAAUACAACCAUAUUACAAACAAAGUUUAUUAGUUAAAGACUGUAUUACUGUUUUCUUAUUAAACAAUCAAUUUCAAUAUAGAAUGAACGACUACAUGUCAGAUCAAAUAAAUAAUGAAACAGAAAUUGAAUCAAAACACGUUAUCUGCAUUCUAGUCAUGCAAAAAGGUUUAGACGUAAAACACUGGGAUUUAGCUUUGGAGGCAAAGAACUAUCGAUCCUUGACAGACUCAAAAUUGACUCCAUUGUUAAACAAAGAAAAUCCUGUCAGACAUGAUGAACCAUUCAUAGCAAGAAGUGUGGACAGUUUUUCCAUGACAAGCAAAAAUACUGCAUAUGAUAUAACACAGUUAUCAGAAAGUAUACUAGAAUUAGAUGCACCAUAUGCACACAAAAAAUAUAGUGCUAGUAGCAACGGGAAUCCAAAGAAAAGUGUAAAAACACUGUAUACGGUGAAGAAUGGGCCAAGUUAUGGCUUAAUAAUUUCAAAAAAGCUUAAUCGAACAGUUCGCCUAUUUUCUGAUGUAGAUCUUGCCACUAAUGAUAUUUAUUAUCAAAACUAUGGAAACAAUUCAAUAUCUGAAGACUCAGUUGACUUAACUGUACUGGAACUUACAACAAAAACAAUGACAGUUAAUCCAGUCAAAAUUAAGUUUACUUUAAAUGAGAUGAAUCCUCGACCAUAUUUAAGGGCUUGUAGACCAAUGCGCAUUUUAACUGGUUCAUCAGCUGUUAUCCAGACGGAUUAUUUAAAUGCAGCAUUGACAAGUGGGUUCAAUUCAGAUCAAAUCACCUACGAAAUCUUGUACACUCAUCAAGGUCACGUGGUGUUUCUAAACAGUUUGUCUGUUAGUUUAAGUACAUUUACACAAAUGGAUCUUCGACGAGGACGAGUUGGAUUUGUUCAUAGCGGUUCACAGAAAAGUACAGCUUGUGGUUUUGCUUUUGUUCUGAUAUACAAUUUAUAUCGGUCUGAAAUUUAUAAGUUUCAAAUAAUUCCUGGCACAGUAGAAUUGAAUGUCAUAAGCAACCAAACAUUGCUAGUAUUCCCCAAAGGAUUUGAAAUAAUCACUCCUCAUCACAUCAAUACUCAAAUAAAGUUCAGUGCCCUGCAACCGAUGGAUUAUGAAUUUAAUUCAACUGCGCUGGAGAACAACAAUCUGUCUAAUACUUCGUCAUCACUUUCAUGUUUAAUGCUAAGUCAGUGUCACCUUGAAAACGAGUUGGGUCUUUAUGUGGUGUACAAGGUUUUAUCUCAGCCGACACAUGGAUCAAUUGUCAGGUUUAGUGUCAUAGACAAAAAUCAUUUGGCAGUUUGGAAUGAUAGUGUAUAUGAAUUCACUCAGGAGGAAAUCAAAUUGGGAAGAAUAGCCUAUACCUUUCACUCAAAUAAAUGGCAUAUAAACAGAAAUCAAUUUACAUUGUUACAAUAUAAUUCUGACAUUGAAGAUGAAUAUAUUGUCAGUGCAAGUAUUGUAAAACGUACCACCAUUAUGAAUAAGGACAAUGAGAGAAAUUACAAUAACAAUAAUAAAAAAGAUCAUAAUAUCACUGAUGUAUCAAACUAUGAUGAUUAUACAGAGCACUUAACAUCUCAAAUAAUAUUUGGUUCAAUUUCCAUAUCUUAUGAUUAUAUUUUUAAAUAUAAUCAAAAUCGUCUAUUAAAUAUUAAUCCUUUAAUAUUACAUAAUGGUCAUACUGGUGAAAUUACACUGAAUCAUAUCAAUCCCAAUCCAAUUCGUGGUUUUUUCAAAAAUAAUAGAUCAGAAAGCAAAAAUCUUAAGAUUGCAAGACCUCCAGAACAUGGAGCCCUUUGGUUAGGAUCAAAAAGGAUAAAAACUGGUAGUAUAAUUCCUGGUUUAUUGAGUGGCGAGUUAGCAGAAAAAUUUAUUUAUCGACAUGACGGCUCAUUAACAAAAAAAGACAGUUUCGAACUAUUGGUAUACCAACUAAAUCGCUCGUUGACCAGUUAUGAACUACCGAUUAUUUUUCCAAUACAAAUUGUUCCUAACUUAAAUACAUCACUUAAGCUCAUCUAUCCAGGAAUUCAAAUAAAUAGAAAUAAUCUUUUGAGCAUAAGUAAAACUUUAAUUACAGUUGAAAUGAAUGAUUAUGUAACUAUUACUAAUGAACAUUUAUAUGUCCAGCAUGAAUUUAUUCAGCCACAAUUUAUUUACAUACAUUUUAAAAUAUUGCCAAAAUAUGGUAAACUAUACUAUUCAUAUAAUUCAUUUAAACAAGAGCAUGAUAUUUUGACACCUGAAUGUGAAACAUUGUAUAAAAUCACACAAAAUGAUGUCAAUCUGAAGAGGCUCAGAUAUUUUGCAAAUAAUGUUGAUGGAAGCAAACAAGAUCCUAAUAUAGCUGUUUACGAUUCAGCUACAUUUGAGAUUUAUCAAAAUGAAUAUCCUAAUCUACAAAUAAAUAAAUUGAGCGGUGUUUUACAAUUUCAAAUCAUACUGAACAACGUUAUGCUGAACAAUUCAGUACAAUUAACCCUGUUACAAAAUGAAACAAAACUAUGGCUUGAUGCAGAAAUGUUACAAGUACAAUCAAGUAAAUGGAAAAACUAUCAACACGAUUACCAAACAAAUCACUUAACAUUCUUCCAUAUAAAACAACUGCCUAGUCAUGGCAAAGUAUUUGUAGAUACAAUACCUAUAUAUAGAUUCAGCUACACACAGUUAGAACAGAACCGGGUAUACUAUGAGAAGACAAAUUUUUCAUCACCACAUGACUCAUUUACCAUUGAAAUAAAAAAAUCCGUCUGCGGAACGUCUUUGAGAACUCGAUCAAAUAUCUUUGAUUGGCUACCUGAUGAAUUAACUAGCGAAUACUCUUCAUACAUGACUCUAACCGUGAGCAUAACUGUACAGUCGUUGAUUUCCUUUGACACACUUUAUGUUACAUCUGGGAAAAUGACUAAAAUUAAUGCAGAAAAUUUGGAAAUAAGUAAAUUCUAUGAACUUUUGCAUAAAUAUGACAUUCCAAAUCAAGUAUCAACUAAGAAUAAUCGUAAGGUCAUGUCAAUCACAAUGUUCACAUUUCCAACUGGAACGAUGUUAAAAUCAGGGAGAUUUUAUAUUAAUGACCGAUUGGUUAUUUCAAGUGGUUAUUUAAAUGAUAAACUAACUAGUUCUAUAGGUAUCAGUUUACAAGAUUUCCUAUCAAAUAAUGUUUAUUUUGAAGCAUAUCAAAUACCUAAUGAAAGUAUAGAAUUUUAUGAAGAAACUAUUCCAUAUAUAUUUACUUUAGGAACAUUUUAUACUCCACAAAUGUACUUCAUCACUUCAGAUCCUAUUUUUGUACAACCAGGUUUUGGUGAUUUAAAAAUUUCAAUAAAAAACUUUUUAUUUUCCACAACAGUUAAUAACAGCUUCACUAAUAAUGACAGUAUAAAUCGAAGUGUCUCAAUUUCAUCACCUUCAGUAGUAUCGUCGACAAGUAAGCUAGAUAUGAUCAAAAAUAUUUCCAGAUAUUCUGGUACUGGAAGAAUUGCAUUUACGAUUGCAGGAUUUGCCCUAUCUUUAGCAUUCAUAUCCGUUGUAAUAAUAUGUUCAAUCGGUUGUUGCAUAUAUAAACGUAAGAAUAAAACAAGUAAAAACAUUAUAGGUAUGUCGAACCAAUCAGUAGAAAAGGUAUCAACUUCUUUCCCAUUGACAUUGACCGCAUUACCAAGAGAAACUGUGAAUAGUCCGAAUAAGUAUAUACUGAAGUCAAAUCAUGACUCCAUCGAAAUAUGCUCAGUUCAUGAAAUAAAUGAGAGUGAGAAACUUAAUUCCGAUGAAGGAGUUAAAAAUCUUACAUCAUCAAAUCAAUCAUCGAGAGUUACAUUUAAUAACAAAGUUGAUAUUAAUCGCAUCAUUACUGUAGAACCCUCCGUACAAUCGGCACAAGAUUUUUCGUGCAAUUGUGAUUUUAGUGGAGCAGUUGUUUACUGGACAACAGACAUGGAAGCUGCUAGUGCUAUACCGUCUAUCAGCUGUCAAAGUGAUAAUAACUUUUCCAAUUAUGGUAAUUAUUACACUAAUCAUGCAUUUCAUUUGAUUUCUACAAACGAUAAAAUGAUAUCACAACCACCAAUAUUAUCUCCAAUAUCAUCAAACAUUUUGCAAACGCAACAACAUACAGCACAGUUUUCUAGUCCCGUUCUUCUCGCUCAGCUUCCUACGACUAGUUUGAAUUUACCACAUUUAACAUUCUUGUCUCCAUCUGAGGCGGCUAAUCAAAUUAACAUGAAUAUUGUUCCUUUGGAGUCACAGUUUCUAAAUGCCAGCAAAGUUGAGAAUGAGAAAAAUAAUUCGAAAAGGAAAGUCGAAAAUACACAAAUUAGUUCUAAAAUCUCCGAUCAAGAUAAUUUAGAAAGUUUUGAUAAGGUAACUGAAUCACAUUGCGAUGAUUCUUUGUGUAACGAAAGUCAGAAGUGUAGCAGUACAAAUACACCAUUGAUUUGCAUUCAAAACAAUGUAUAUGGUAAACAUUUUGAUGUCAGUCAUAUGAAUGAAGUAAUUUGACAGAUUGAGAUGAGAUUGAUGUCUGUGAUAAAACACCAGUGAAUAUAAUUAUUUAUCUUGAAUCAUAUGUAAUUUUUAUUUCCUCUUGCCAGAUAAGCAAUCAACGAGUACUACUUUACUAAUCACAACCUCUAUCAGUUGACUUUCAUGAAUAUCAAGUUGCACAAUUUAAUUUUGUAAUAUAAAAAAAUAAUUUCUUUUCUUUAUGCCUUAAUAGAUCCUAAUAACCAUUUUUGUAAAUAUUUGUACAUAAUGACCACUUUUCUAGAAUAUUAAAAAGAUGAAAAAUAUAUACAAAAUGGUUGAUCAAAUA